CCCUUUGUCAUUGGCAGCGCAGGACUGACCCACUUUGUUGAAUGGACUUCUCUUUGCAUCGCGAAUAGAUGCGUUCCAGAACAUCGCGAACGAUGAACGCUGGUUUGAGGACUUUGCUUUUAUUAUCAUGCUGUUUCGGUUUUAUACAAGCCAAAUCCGCGUUGCCGUCCUGCGCCAGCGGACAGUUCCUACUUAAAAAUCAGUGCGUUUUAUGUCAUCCAACCUGUGCGGAGUGUGAGGGUCAUGAGCUAUUCGAGUGCACCGCUUGUGGUUUAGAUGAGGAGGGGAAGGAGCGUUUCCUGUACCAGGGUCAUUGCAGACUCUACUGCCCACGAGAGUUUUAUCCAGACCGAGACCAGUACACCUGCCUUCCAUGUAUGCCCGAUUGUGAGAUCUGUGCUGAUGCCAACGUGUGUGCCAAAUGCAGGGAAGGUUACAAGCUGCAGAGUGGCAUCUGUCUGACAGUCCUUUGCGGGGUUGGCCAAGUUCAGGACCCGGACACUCGAGAUUGUAUAGACUGUGGUUUUGGCUGUAAAACAUGUACCACGGAUGACCCAGAGGUUUGUAACAGCUGCACAGAUGGUUACUUCCUAUACCGACACCAGUGUCGUCAGCACUGUCCCCAGAGGACCAAUGAGGACCGGGGUAGAGGACUGUGUAUCAGCUGCCUAGAGCCCUGUCUGGACUGUCGGAGUGAUACCCUCUGUCUCACUUGCCAGCCUGGAUACUUCCUGAACAAUGGCACCUGUGUGAAGGAGUGCCCACCAGACACAUUCAGAGACACCAGAGGGUGGCGUUGUCAGCCUUGUCACAGCUCCUGUCAGACCUGCCAUGGCCCUGGAGUGAGAGACUGUGACAGAUGCAGCGGGUGGAGCCGGCCAGUUUAUGGGAAGUGCCCAGUGAUCAGCUGCCUGGAGGGCCAAUAUGUUGAUGGGGAGAGUCGUACCUGUCGUUAUUGCGAUGCAUCCUGCAAGACAUGUUACGGUCCCAGGACUCAGAACUGCAUCACCUGUGCUACCGGUUAUAUGUUGGAGCAGGAGGCAGAAUGUGUAGACCGCUGUCCUCUGGGUUUCUAUGGAAACAGCUCCAGUCUACUGUGUGAGAGAUGUUCUGCUAACUGUGAGGCCUGUGAGAGCAGAGAUGAGUGUGUGAGCUGUACAACAGGCAUUUACCAGCUCUAUCUGUUUCAGGGCAGCUGCUGGUCAGAGUGUCCAGAAGGCUAUUUUGAGACGGAGCUAGGAUCAUGUGAACCCUGCGAUGAACUCUGUCUGACCUGUGAUAGCACCAGCACACAGUGUCUUUCGUGUCAAGAAGGCCUUCAUCUGGCUAAUGGGCAGUGUAGGCAAAACUGUGCCCCCAUGAGCUAUGUGGCGGAUGAUGGCACUUGCAGACGCUGCAGUCCUCACUGCGAUGCAUGCACUGAUUUUGCCACCUGUACAAGGUGCAGCUUUCUCUAUCUACUCCUAAGCGGUGCAUGUAAAGCCAUCUGUCCAAAAGGCUACUUUGAGGAUUUGGACCAGGGAGUGUGCGUGAGUUGUCAUCCCACCUGCGCAACCUGUUCUGGGCCUCUCUCGGAUGACUGUGAGACUUGUUCGGCUCUCACUCCAAAACUCUAUGAGGGCAUGUGUUUGGAAGAAUGCCCUGUGGGCACUUAUUACCAAACAUCUGAUAGAGAAUGCCAGGAAUGUCACCAGACCUGUGCCCAGUGUGAGGGUCCCGAGCCCACCCAGUGUCUACAGUGUGAAAAAGGUCUGGUACUGGACCCCAACACCAUGAUGUGUGGGGUUACCGGGGAUUCAGACUGCCCACCCAGAACAUUCCUCCAAAACAACCAGUUCACUUGCCAAGCAUGUCAUCGACUCUGCCAGUCCUGCGAUGGCCCUGGACAUGGCGACUGCCAGACCUGUGCCUUGCCCAACUACCUAAACAAUGGCUCAUGUGUAAGUAAGUGUCCAGUGGGUACUUACAGUGCCCAUGAGGAGGCUGAUGGGGUAGAGCUUGGUUUUUGUAUGCCCUGUGAUCAUGUGUGUACCACCUGCAUUGGAGCAUCUCCAAGAGACUGUCUGAGCUGUGCACCAGGCUAUCUUCACCUUCUCUCUCAUCUCUGUGUUAGUCACUGUCCCACAGGGUACUACAGCUCAGGUGAGCGCUGUGAGAAAUGUGAAAGUUCCUGUAAGCUGUGCUCAGGUCCAGGGCCGGAUGCCUGCAGAGUAUGCACACCUCCUCUGCUGGACCUGCAAGGCACCAGGCAGUGUGUGGAACAAUGCCCACAGCGCUUUUACGAGAGCGAACAUAGCUGCAAACAGUGCCAUACCAGCUGCCAGUCCUGUACAGAUAACACUCCUCAGAGUUGUGUGACUUGUGACUGGGGCAGUGUCUUGCAGGGAGGGGUGUGUUACCCUCGCUGUGAAGAGAGCCGCUAUUACUCACAGAGUGGGGACUGCGAGCCCUGUGAUGAGUCUUGUAAACACUGUUCUGGUGCUGGUCUCCAGAGCUGUCUCACAUGUCACCCGGGUUUCGCCCUACAUGCCAUUGACCAUCAAUGUUUACCCUGUUGCCAGCCUGGGAAGAGGAACAGAAAGUGUUGUCUCUGUGAUUCAGGCUCAGCUUUGUGUGUUGAGGCCCCUGCAUCAAGUGAAAGCCAGGAUGAAGUUGUUCUGGGAUCUCGAGCGAUACAGCAUACCUCUGCAGCCUUACCUGCUGCCCUCCUGCUAGCUGUAGUGCUGGCACUAGUUGUGUUCACCCUGGUCCAGGCCCGGGCAAAGAAGUGGUUAUGCUGGAAACGGAGCUAUGAACGACUGAGUGGGGUGGCCAGAGAGCAACCCAACCCUCGGCCUAUGCCCCAUGGAGUCCCAGAACCAGAGGACAGCGGAGAUGAAGCGGAUGUGGUCUACACCAGCAGAGACGGAUCUGUGUAUCGGCGUUAUGGUUUCAUCCACGAACCAGAUACAGAAGAGGAACAAGAGGAUGAAGACGCUAACGAGAACACACACCUUAACAGAGCCUAAAAUGUGGUCACUAAACAAUUAAGUUCUACUAAUUCUUUACACACACUUCUGUGGUUGAAACCCACUGGAUUGGAACUCUGUAUAAUCACUGGUAGCAUCUUUUUAUUUGUUUACUUAUGCUUUUAUUCAUAUAUACUGUAUGUAUUUAUCUGUCUUUUCAGAAUGUUGUCAGCAGUAACGAUGUAGAUUACGUCUGUGAUAUUGUAAAAUAACUCUUUAAGAGACAUUUGGUUACACUUUAUGAUAACAUUCAUUAACUAAUUUCAUUGAGUCAUUAACAAACAUAAUAUAAUACUUAACAGAUCAGUCCUAGAUGUAAACAAAAUGUCAUGAAAUGACUUUUUUCAAGUACAUUAAACUUAGGCCUAUAACAAUAAUGUAAUGCUUGCUAAUGCUGUUAUUAAUGAAGGUUACUAUAAAGUGUUACCAAACAUUUGUUAUUUUUAGGGCCAUAUUAAAGGUGUCAAAUAGUUUAUUUAGAGAU